AUGUCAAGGAUAGGGGAUAAAAGCCUUGGGCUCGAGAAGAAAAUACACAAGGCAGCACUUCUUGAGACAGUUACGGUCUUGAACGAUGUUGCCGAUGGCAAGAAAAAAAGAAAGAGCAGAGAGGAUACUUCGGUGGCAGAGGUAAGGGAGAAAAAAAAUAAGAAGGAUACCCGAAAGAAAACCGAUAGCCAGGGAAUAAGACCCAGUAAGCAAAAAAGAAAUGCAGCUAGAAAGAAUGGAGAGAUUACAAAGAAGAAAGUGGAGGAAAAGACAAAUGAAGACAAAGACUCUACAGAAUGCUUGAAAAAGAUGACAAGGAAAGAAAGAAGACUGGAAAAGCUAAGAAGUAAGGGGAAAGGACUACCUUCGAAAGAAUAUUUUGAGAAAUUUAUCAAGAAGUAUAAGGAUGACUCUCCACAGGAGAAGGCCACCCGGGGUGUUCUCCCUUCCAAGCGGAAGGAGGACUUCCCCAAAGGAGAUGGAAACAAGAGAAAGAAAGGAUCCUUCUCCAAAAAAAGAAAAGGUAGAGAUCAGUAA